CCUUUCUUUCACAGAAACAAAACAAACUAGUAAGAAAAACAAUGAGGUCCCUAAUGGCCUCCUCUGCUUCUCUCAUUCUUGCAUUAACCAUACUCUUUUUCAGUCUCCCAUCUGAAAUUUCAGCAAAAGACUAUUCUUACUCCUCACCACCACCACCAAAGCAUCCAUACCAUUACUCAUCUCCUCCACCUCCACCGGUUCACACCUACCCCCACCCUCACCCAGUCUACCACUCUCCACCGCCACCGGUUCACACCUACCCUCACCCUCACCCAGUCUACCAUUCACCACCACCACCGGUUCACACCUACCCACACCCACACCCAGUCUACCACUCUCCACCACCACCAGUUCACACCUACCCUCAUCCUCACCCUGUCUACCACUCCCCACCACCACCACCACCACAUAAGAAGCCAUACAAGUACCCAUCUCCCCCACCACCACCAGUUCACACCUACCCUCACCCACACCCUGUCUAUCACUCCCCACCACCACCACCAACACCACACAAGAAGCCAUACAAAUACCCAUCACCCCCACCACCACCCGUUCACACCUACCCUCCCCAUGUUCCCCACCCAGUUUACCACUCUCCUCCUCCUCCAGUCUCUUCCCCACCUCCACCACACUAUUACUACAAAUCACCUCCUCCACCUUACCACCACUAGAUAGCCCAUCAUGCAUCACACUAUAUGGAUCUAAGCAGAUAGUGUGAAAGCAAAGAAAGUCGUGCACAAAGAAGACUGAGGGGAUUCUUCACAUAUAUAUUUCGUCAGUGUUUGAUUAAUAUUGUUUAGAGGGCUGCUUUUAUUUAUUUAAUUUGUGUUUUUGUUGUAUAAGCCACAGCUGUAAGGCACUGCCCCAGUAUGCAUGCGUCUGCAGUUGUUUGCAUGAAUUGUAAUUUUCAAAGUUCGAUUUUGUAUCAAGCAAGCCAAAUAAAUAUAUCCCCAUUAUAGCCUUGCAUCUA